GGACACCAACAACCACCGCCGCCCAAGGUCUGAACACCUGACAACCCCGCUAUUCGCUGUUCGCAACCCCAUUAGAUUGCUCGGCGACCGCAGCGAUGACGCUCCUGGAAGACCAGCGUCAGAUCCACGAGGAUCUCGAGCGCCUCGAAGACGCCAUCGCCGACCGGCUGAUGGAGGACCCGCCGCAGAUCCGCGAUCGCCUUGCGCGAGACCACGACAUUGCGCGCUUCCUCGAGCAGAUAGAGUACCAGUCGAGCCGCCUCCUCCGCAUCUACGAAGAUGUCGAGGGCAAGAAGGACAAGGAGGUCCGUACGCUCACCCUGGGCGACCCCAUGGAGUCCUUCGCCAAGGAGAUCGCGUCCAUCAAGGACUUCCACCGCCGCUACCCGAACGAGCCCGUUGAGAACCUUGAGAAGGCAUACAAGCGGCGCACCCCCGAAGACCACGCGCAGUCGCUCGCCGCAAUCGAGUCCAUGUUCACUGGCGAGGAGGGCUUCGGCCGCUUCUUCGACCUGACCAUGCUGCACGAGCAGUACCUGAACCUUCCCGUUCACCGACGUACUCGUCGCCUGACCUACCUGCAGUAUCUCGAUCUGUUCGAUGUCUUCACUCCGCCGCAAUGCAGCAUCCGACGCGAUCAGAAGAUGGCCGAGCCGUAUUUUCAGUAUCUGAAGGCCCUGCAAGACUACCUGGAGAGCUUUAUGCGCCGCACCAAGCCGCUGGAGAACCUGGACAAGAUCUUCGCCAACUUUGACAAGGAGUUCGACGAGCUUUGGGAGAAGGAUGAAGUGCCUGGCUGGGAAAAGAACCCCACGCAAGUAGCCGCAGCUGAUGGCGAGGCCUUGGGGGAGGGCAUAUGGUGUUCCGCUUGCAAGAAGGGAUUUUCGAAGGAGACCGUUUACGAGGCGCAUUUGACCGGCAAGAAGCAUAAGAAGGCUUUGCAGGAGAGCGCAGCGAAGGCGAACGGCACCGCUACAAAUGGUGCCUCUGCCGGCAUGGGACGCUUCAAGGAGCGCGCCGUGGCCGAGAGGGAGUUCCGGAUAAAGAAGCUCGCUGCUGCUAUGCAGACAGAGCGCAGCGACACAAAAGUCAACGUCGAGCGGAAGCAAGGCAUGACCGAGCGCGAGCGCCAACAGGAGCUGGAGGCGCUAUACUCAGAAACCCCAGAAGUGGCGAACGCUAGCAAGGACAACGACCAGGAAGAGGAUGGCGAAGAGAAAAUCUACAACCCGCUGAAGCUGCCGCUCGCUUGGGAUGGCAAACCCAUUCCCUUCUGGCUGUACAAGCUGCACGGUCUUGGCGUCGAGUUCCCUUGCGAAAUCUGCGGCAAUUACGUCUACAUGGGCAGGCGGGCAUUCGACAAGCACUUCAACGAACCUCGUCAUAUCUACGGUCUGAAGUGCCUCGGCAUCACGACUACUACCCUUUUUCGAGAGAUCACACAUAUCGACGAAGCUCAGGCCCUGUGGAAGAAGAUCCAACAGGACAAAAAGAAGGAGAAAACGACCGUCGACAAUGUCGUUCAGAUGGAGGAUUCAGAAGGCAACGUCAUGCCAGAGAAAAUCUACAAGGAUUUGGCGGCACAGGGCCUGGUCUGAACCCUGUGUUGCUGGGUGUUAAAUUGCCGAGCAUGCGGAGCCCUUAGGGAAUCCCCCUUCUUCGCCGAAUGUCCUUAGUUUCACACCAUUGCGGGUGCGAUUGGACGCGAAUCAUGGCAUGAAAAGAAUCAUCCACAGGGUAAGUCAGCUUGCGUAGUUUCUUUCCACCCCGACGGUGCUGCCAACACCUGGGGAACGCGUUGCUGCUUUACAUGCUGGAGAACAACAGCUUAAUUCAGGACGUUGAGAUGAGAGCGGAGAAGAGGUAUGCUCACGGGACUUUACGGAUCAAUGUAAGAUACCAUAGCAUUGGAGUGCAAAGACUCACAUUCUAACGAAUUGUUCUUUGUCCUGUCCAGGCCCAUUGUCCACUUGCACCACAGUCCUGGUGCUUAUGUCUCCU